AUGUCCGCUCACAAGCAAGUGGUACCAGCCUUUGCUACUCUCCAGUCGAGUGUCCAAUCUCUCACUAAGAAUCCUUUGCAGUUAAAAGAUCUCGCAUUAAUUAAAGCGGCGUGCCCCGAUCUCGUCCACCUGGAGUAUGUACCUACCGAGCAGCUGGAGCAACAUCCCACGUCCAAAAGACGACGAAAGGAAGAUUUAUAUGGCCCUUCUGAGCAGGAAUGCGAAUAUACGCUCAUUUUCGAGUUUAUCGACCAUGCGCUAAUGACCGGGAAGGCGUCAGCAAAGCGUGUCAUCAUGCCACAAAACUCCAACCCCAAUGCAGCUGUCCAACUCAUAUCGCGCCGUACCUCUACAUUCUAUCGGGCGCUAACAGAAAUUCAAAAAGCAUGUAUUGCCAAAGGGGAGGACCCUGUUGUUCUUUUGGAUGACGCUGCAGAGGGUGUUAUGCCAAAACUUCCGUGCAGCGAACCAGCACAACCAGCACUACCACAGCGAAUGCAAUCCAUGUCCAACGUCUUGAAAAACUUGCAGCAUUUGCCUUGGUGGCGCGAGCAGAUUGUUCCUGGCGGAUGGCGGACCUUUCCCGCACGCGAGGCCCAUUUUGGCGAUCCAUCACCCCCUUUACCAACCGUGAUUCAAGAUGCACUGCAUCGUUCUCAUGGGAUAGAACGACUAUAUAUGCAUCAAGUCUUGGCUCUCUCUGCUUUCCAGCAUGGACAGCAUGUUGUUGUGAGCACUGGUACCUCUUCCGGCAAGUCCCUUGUAUACCAAAUUCCCAUUGCCUGUUCACUGUUGCGUGAGUCUACCUCAACGGCCAUGUGCUUAUUUCCGACCAAGGCCCUGACCCAAGAUCAACUAUUGUCACUGCAGAGAUUCCUUGCCCUUGUCCCGGGUGCACAAGAUGCGCCUAUUUUUACAUAUGAUGGUGACACACCACGGGAGCAACGACGUGCGAUUCGCGAACGUGUGCGCAUUCUUUGCACGAAUCCGGACAUGCUGCAUCAAGCAAUUUUGCCAUUUGAGGAACAUUGGCGACGGUUCUUCCAGGGAUUGCGGGUUGUUGUGCUCGAUGAGCUUCAUGUAUACUCUGGCAUCUUUGGUACGCAUGUGGCGUUUAUUCUGCGGCGCCUGCGCCGGUUAUGCGCCGCUCUAGGCAACCAUGCGGUGCAGUUUGUUAGCUGCAGUGCCACUAUAUCCGAGCCCGCAAACCAUCUUGCUCAAUUGCUAGCCCUAGAUCCUGUCACUAUUCAGGUCGUACAAGAGGACGGAGCACCUUGUGGUCAAAAAGAAUGGGCCGUAUGGAAUCCCCCGCUAAUUGAUGACCAGGAUCCUGGUCAUGGGCGCGUGUCCUCUUACACCGAAAUAUCACGUCUCUUUCGCUACUUGAUUCAGCAGGGCAUACGCACAAUCAUCUUUGCGAAGGUGCGGCGCACGUGUGAAAUCAUCGUCCGUCAAAUAAGAGAGGACCUAUUGCAUGAUGGCCAUGCAGAUCUCGCAGCUCGCGUACUAGCCUAUCGCUCAGGCUACUCACCCGAAGAAAGGCGCGCAUUAGAGAAAGAUAUGGCGUCUGGUCAUCUCUUGGGCCUUGUCGCCACUUCAGCUCUGGAACUUGGUGUGGAUAUCGGCGUGCUUGAUGCCGUUCUCUUGUUUGGCAUGCCUUAUUCAUUUGCAUCUAUGUGGCAACAGGCUGGUCGCGCCGGUCGCCGCCGAAACGAUGCCCUGGUUGUUCUUCUUGGCGAGCCAUUCCCAUUGGACCAGUACUACAUGCGGCAUCCAGAACUUGUGUUCUGCGGCACGCACGCCCCCCUGUGGCUGGAUACAUCCAAUGAAUUGCUUCUGGAACAACAUAUUCUCUGCGCUGCCUACGAAGUGCCACUCAAUGACGACGAUUCACUGUACUUCGGGGAAAAAUGCAUGGAGAUUUGCACUCGCCUGUUGGAUCGCGACGAGCAGGGGUUUUUCUUUCCUCGUGGAAGUACAUUUGACAACCCAGCCGCUGACAUUGCUAUUCGGGGAGCGCGGCAAGACACUUACCGUUACUUGGAUGCCUCGACACUGUCACUACUGGAAGAAGUCGAGCUCGAGCGCGUUUUCUUCGAGGCUUACCCUGGCGCUGUCUUUCUUCACCAGGGAACAACUUACGUAUGCCAAGAAGUCCACCACGACCAGCGAUGUGCUUACAUGCUAGCGUCUCGCGUUUCCUAUCAUACACGGCCCCGCGAUUACACCGAUGUGGAUGCUUGUCAAGUCUGGCGUCUCCGCUCCCUCGUGCACGUACAAGGGCAUGCAUUUUAUGGCAAAGUGGAUAUCAAGAACCAUAUUUGGGGCUACUACAAAGUCGAUCGGCGCGCGAAUAUUUUGGAUACGAUCGACGUGGAUGCAGAGCCUCUGAUUCGUGCCACGCAGGGCAUAUGGCUUGAUGUGCCUUGGAAUAUUGUGGAGGCACUCGCCCAACAGGGCAUUCAUGCGGCAGCCGCAAUCCACGCGGCUGAACACGCUGUGCUGAGCCUUACUCCUCUGUUUGUAGCCAGUUCGUCUGGCGAUGUGCUGACGGAAUGUAAAGUUCCCAUUCGUGAAUGGAGCCCGCGUACAACGAGACGCAAGCGUCCUUCGCGUCUUAUUUUCUACGACAAACCCGGAUUGCAUGCUGUUCUCUCUCCUUUCAGGAGUCAGUCUAGCUCCAACCAAGACGCUCUUGUCUCAGCACAUCCUGAAGUCCAGGCCACGACGGCUGCCGAAGGUCCAGCCAAUAAGUUUGGGGCGUUUGGCGCAGGAUCUGCUGGCAUCAAUACGACAAGCAUCUUGCCGACAACCAUUGCUAACUGGUUGAGGCGAUCCAUGUAUGCUACCAACACCUUGUCGCAUGGGAGCGCCAAAGACUGUCCAUUCGGCGCAUUGACCAGAACAUGUAGAUCAUACUCCGAACGCACACUUUUCACCAGAUCCAUGAAUUCCAUUGGCACCGGCUUGGAUGUCCACGUCGGGUCCGCUGGCAGCGACAGACUUAGGCCGGACUUUUUCGUUGACCAUCGAUAA